AUGUCAAAAUGACGGAUAUGGUGAAGAGCUGCGAUGAAUAUUUCAUGCAUGACCCAUAUGAGGGAAAGAGAGAGGGAGAGAGAGGAGAGAGCGGGAGGUAUUGCUGAGAGACGCUGUGCGCGGUUCGGCGGAGCCUGAGCUGCUGAUGCUGCUGCUGCUGCUGCUGAUGCUGGGAGGCUGACUGACAGACAGAGAGGGAGGGUCUAUUCCACGCGAGGAUUAUUAUUGCUCUGCUUCGCGCUUUAUCCAUAAGGGAAGCACCCGAGGAGAAUCGGAAGAAACCGAAGCCCAGACCCGAAAAGAGCUGUUGUGAGGGACCACAGGGUGAUGACGGUGCCCUCGGCCCAUGAGUUUCAUUGGCAGAGCCUGGCGUGUCUUUCCAGUGGCCGCGUGUAUCACUCAUUGGCUGAUGUCGGGGGGCAGCUGUAUACGGUGGGGGGUUGCGAUGCCUCGGGUCGACCCACCAGCGCUCUUGAUCUCUACUCCCCUGAGGUGGACCGCUGGCUCAGUCUUCCUCCGAUGCCCACGCCGAGAGCCGGUGCGGCGGUGGCUGUCUUAGGUAAGCAGCUGCUGGUGGUCGGGGGAAUGGGGAAGGACCAGCGCCCCCUGAAGGCCGUGGAGGUAUACAACACAGAAGAAGGCAAGUGGAGGAAGAGGUGCUCACUCAGAGAGGCAUCCAUGGGGCUUUCUGUCACUGUUAAAGACGGCAGAGCUCUUGCUGUUGGGGGUAUGGGAGCAGACCUCCUGCCUAGAAGUGUUCUCCAGCAGUACGACCUUCGCAAGGACAUGUGGGCGCUCCUUCCACCCAUGCCCACCCCGCGCUACCAUACCAGCAUCUGCCUACUGGGCUCCAAAAUCUACGUGGCAGGAGGACGUCAGUGUAAGCGUUUGGUGAAGGCGUUUGAAGUCUUUGACAUGGAAAGCCGCACCUGGUCCUCUCUACCCAGCCUGCCCUGCAAGAGAUCUUAUUCUGUCUUAUGGGACAGUGCAGGACAUCUCUGCUGGUUAGGAGGGCUCAGACAAGGAGGACUACACCAAAGUUCAAAGUUUACCAAGAAUGUUAACAUCUUUGAUACCAACCAAGGAACUUGGUUAAAAUCGGAGGACACUGUACCCUUGAAGACCAAGCGAGCAGACUUUGCCGCAGCCAUAGUGCGAGGCAGAAUGAUCGUGGCGGGAGGUCUAGGCCAUCAGCCAUCAGUGCUGGACACUGUUGAAGCCUUCCAUCCCGAAAAAAGGAAAUGGGAGAUGCUGUCGCCUAUGGCCUCGCCGCGUUGCUCUGCCACCAGCAUCGUGAUCCGUGAUCGCUUACUGGUAGUAGGAGGCGUCAAUCAAGUCCCAAGCUCUGCCCACGAGAUUCUAUAUGUAAAAGAGGAGGAGAUUCUUUAACCAUAAAACUUUAGGUUCACACAUCAGAAAAAGUUGCCUUCCGUGAUCAAGUAAAACACAAAUUUUCACAUUAAAGGCUGCGGUCACGUUUAGCAUUGCUUUGAGUUUUCACAUGAGAGGCAAAAACAUUCUCAAUUCAGUUGUCUCUUUCA